AUGCCGUCGCUCGGACGCGCAGCAGCAGCAGCAGCAGCUACAGCUGCUGCUGCUCUUUUCUGCCUCCACCAAGUCCCCGUUUCCUACGCUCUCCGCCUUACUAACUUCCAUCAGCCCCUGGUCCGUAGCCUUCACCCACCCAUAGGGAGCCACGGGGACCGCCAGCCCAACGGCCCUGAGCCCCAUCAGGGGCCCCUAGCCAACGGCGCCCCCAGCGAGGACCUCUCAGCCACGAGGGAGCCCACAGAAGACCUCCCAUCAGUACAAAGGGCCACCAGAGACUCAGAAGGAUGGGCAUCGGAGCACGGCUGGGCCCUGGAGGGACAACGGUCUGGGCUAGCUCGCCCAGCUAGCCGCCCAGCUAGCCACAAAGAAACGCCGCCAGCUGGCCAGCUCACCAUCCACAGGGGCAGAAGACCAACUAGCCACUCAGAUGAAGAACUAGCCAACAACACAGCUAGUGACCCCACCAACGGUUCAGCACACGAGCCAGCCAAUGAGCCAGUUGACCAACCCGAGGCCCACCCAGAUAGCCAGCCAGCUAGCCAGCCAGAUAGCCGACCAGCCAGCGAACAAGAUGAUGAUCCAGCUAGCGAAGCAGUCGACUUUCCAGCUAGCGAUUUAGUUGGGAAGCCAGCUAGCGAGCCGGCUAGCGAACUAGCCAGUGAAGCCGCUAGCGUACCGUUCAGUGAGUCACGCGAACCAGCUAGCGAGUCAGACAGCCAAUACACCAGCGAGCCGGCUAGCGGACCGGCUAGCGAGACAGAUAGAGAGCCAGCUAGCGACUCACCUAGCCAAACACCCAGCGAGUCAGCUACCCACCCAACUAGCGAACAACCCAGCGAGCCAGCUAGCGAACCAACUAGCGAACCAACUAGCGAACCAAUUAGCGAACCAACUAGCGAGCCACCUAUCGAACCAACUAGCGAAUCACCCAGCGAACCAGUUAGCGAUUCACCUAGCCAAACACCCAGCAAGCCAGCUGGCGAACCAACUAUCGAGCCAUCUAGCGAAACAACUAUCGAGCCACCUGGCGAACCAACCAGCGAGCCAUCUAGCGUACCAACCAGCGAGCCAUCUAGCGAACCAACUAGCGAGCCACCCAGAGAGCCAGUUAGCGAUUCACCUAGCCAAACACCCAGUGAGCCAGCUAGCGAACCAACUAGAGAGACAGCUACAAAACCAACUAGCGAGACACCCAGAGAGCCAGCUAGCGAGUCACCUAGCCAACCACCCAGCGAGCCAACUAGCGAGUCACUUAGCCAACCACCCAGCGAGCCAGCUACCGGACCGGCUAACAAACCAGCCAGCGAGACAGCUAGCGAGUCACCUAAUCAACCAGCCGGCGAGCCAGCUAGCCAGCCAGCUAGCUAUUCAGAUGGCCAGAUAGAUAGCUGGCCAGAUGUGGAGCCACAUAGCCAGCCGGCAAUCGAAACAAGCGUCAACUCAGCCAGCGAGCCAGCUAGUGAGCCCGCUAGUGAGUCGGCUGGCGAGCACGCCAGCAUGCCAACUUCCGAGUCAGCCGCUGAACUACCUAGCGACCUAGCGGCCAAGCCGACAGUCGACCACGCUAGUGAUGCACCUAGCUUUCCAGCCAGCGAGGCAGCCUCUGAAAUAGAUGAAGAGCCCCCACACGGUCCAGCUAGUGAACCAACAGGCCACUUGAACGGCGAGCCAGACACAGAGUCAGGUAGCGAGCUGUCUAGCCAGAUUGCUGGCCACGCAGACAGUGAGCCAGCUAGCGAGGCAGCUAGCGAGGCAGCUAGUGAGCCACGGAAUGACUUUGCAAGCGAAUCAGCUAGCAAUUUAGAUAGCGGGGCAGCUGGCAACAUAGCUAGCAAGCCAGCGACAGAGACAGCUGAGGAACGAGCUUGGGAGAGAAAGAGCCUACCAGCUGGCGAGACGGCUAGCGAGACAGCGAGCGAGCCAGCUAACGAACCAGCCGGCGAGCUGUCUACCCAGCCAUCCUUCUUCUUCGAGGACUCGGACGACGAGGAUGACACCUACAGCCCAGAGCCGAGCAGAAAAAAAAUUAGUUAUGGGGAAGAAGAGAUAAUGAAACCCUCAAGCACGAGCAGACAAAGACUCUCGCGUAAACAGUACAGUGCCAGCAAACGCCCAGACCAGCAGCAGUACGCGACUCGAAAGGAGCAAACGCUCACAACGGAUUUUGAGAAUAUGGGCACGGAUAGAUGGUUCCUGGGCUCUGGCUACAACUUGGUCUUUGGAAACCCCCUGGGAGACGACCACACUCCAGGUGACCCUGGCUUCAGGGCUCCUGUGAUAGCUUUUGACUGGGGCCACGACAAAGAGGGAGUCUCGGCCGACCUAACUACUCUGCAGCCCAAGGGAGGAUAUAUACGGCCUUACGUCUCCUGCCAGUCCGCUGAAACGAUAGAGGAGAUAGAGAGCCUGAAGGAUUAUGUGACGGAUUUGACGGCAGACGCCCAAGUGGACGGAGUGCUUCCCUAUUUGCCCUUCAGCGGCAGCCUCAACUUUCGCAAGAUAGCCGACGAGUCUCUACGGAAGCAGAAUAAAACAUUUAUGAUGCGGGCCUACUGCAUAAGAUAUGAGGCAGGCUUCGCAGCCAUUGGCCUAGCCAGCAGCAAAACCACAGAAGCUUUUAACAAGGCAGUUGCAAAGCUCCCCAGCAGUUUCCCGAAUACACCAGAAGGCAGCAAAUGCACCCCACAGAUAUUCAAAAGUAAUGCACAAGCCACAGGAUGUACAGACGCCUCAAUCGUGCAAUGGAUGGAAUUCUUCUCUGACUUCGGCACACAUGUUACCACCAACAUUAAGCUCGGAGGAAAGAUAACAAAGCAGAUCCGCGUCCUGAAGGAGCACGCUCAGGACCUUCUAAACAAAACUAAAAAGGGCAAUGGCUUAGCUGAAAUUGCCGUAUCUAAAUUAUUCUCCUUUGACGGAUCCAGCAACAAAGCCUCCCUACAAAACGAUGCAGGCAAUUCAUUUGGGGUUACAGCAUCGACUUUUGUCGUUGGGGGCAGGCCUCCCAAAGACCCCUCAAACCCUCAAGAGCUUUCACAGUGGGAAAAAUCAGUGGCUGCCCUUCCGAUGCCGGUGCAGUACCAACUGCAGCCACUGACUCGUCUCUUGCCUCAGCACCUUCAUGCGGCCUACCGCAGCGCCAGCUCCUUCUACUCUCAGGCCUUUGGGUACAACAAAGACGACCUCGCUCUACUGACGGGAUCGUCGGAGGCAAUCACAGACGUUCUGCGCAGCAGCUCCACUGUUGUGUGGGCUGGACCUGCUCCCGGGUUCGUUGAUUGCCCGAAGGGCAAAAAGAUCCUCUUCGGGUUUGCUGCUCAACUAAGCAUGGAUGCUAAUGGGCCCCCGUUGGCUAUCAAGAGCUGUCAGAAUGGCAGCCACCGUUGCGAAGGUACCAGUACCACCAGUGGCGAAGCGCGAAUUUGGGCUGUUUGCGGCGACAAACCGAUUACCUCUUUGGAAACCUACAGCGUUGUAGAUCCCCUCCCUGAGACUGCCGUGGGGUGCAGCCAAGGCAAAGAGGCUUUGUUUGGCCUCCAGCUAACCUUUAUGUAUGAUAAAGCAGGCUUAGCCAGCGUCAGCGUGGUUCAUUGCUCCCCAGGUGCUAAGGAAUGCCACUACCAAGACGUGGGCUCCGUGCCCGAGCAGACUCAGUCUCACCAUUUGUUUUAUGCAGCCUGUGUAGAUCGCGAGCUGCCAGGUCUGCAAAAUAUGUUCGUGGCCUCCAACGCGGGCGUUGUGGGCUCCAGCCAAACUGUUGAUCCUGCUAAAACGGCGGCCGCAGACUGUGGAGCAAACGGCUCCAAUGUUGCCGGGUUUGCUCUGGAGCUGCACACCUUAAUGCCGCUGGUGCGAGCCGGCUUCAACGCGUGCUCUGUGGGAUACCGCUACUGUGGGCUUAAGACCUACGUGCUACCGCCAGCCCUGGAAGUUGAGAAGCUGUGGGGAAAGAAAACGGGGGUGGUGCGCCACAGUUCAGCUGCAUUUGCCCUGUGCGCGCUCAAGGAGCCGACAAGCACAACUGCAAAAGACGAUGAACUGCAGCAGCAGCAGCAGCAGCAAGAGCUAAGCAGCAGUGAAGAAAGCAUAAGCGAAACAACUGAUACGGCAGUAGAAGCUCCAGCGCCAGUAGCAACAACAGGAGCAAUGGCAACAACAGAAACUGCAACCAAGGCAGGAAGGCGACGCAGAGUGAGAAAAAUUGCGUAA